AAUAUCACCAGUGAACCUUUGAGACUGGAUUAUCGGACCCUGGCUGCUUUGCCCAGCAGUGGCUUACAGAGAGUCAAUCGCACUCUUGUUCAGUAUAAUAAGGCCAGCUCCAGAAUGGAGGGCGACUGUGCUAUACUGUCUCUGCCAGUGGCACAGGACAGCCAGGAUUCGUACCCAGAAACAGCUGCAGGCCCGAUCGUCGGAAGCGUGGCUGGCCUUCCUCAGGACCCGGCGUCACCUGACAAGUGCACAAGUGGGGCAGAAAAGCCCCAGCUAGUCAAGCAGGAUCCUACGGGUUGCCCCUUGUCCCAGGACCAGAUGCCAAAGACGCCAGAGCAAGAGUGUAUGAUCGACUCUCAGCCGAUCCUCUUCAGUGAGAACCCCUUUGUGGUGGCUAACCGCAAGGGGAAAGCAGGAGGCAAGGCUUGCCUGGGGGGCCCGCCGCUGGGCUAUGGCAGGGAGGGAGUGCUGAAGACCAACCUUUACUCCAAGGCUCCUGCUGGUGAGUCUGGGACAGGAAAUUCCAGGCGUGAAACCCCCUAUUCUCCUAGUAAUCAGCAGCAAAAGCCACCUUCACCACCCUCUCCUGACGAGAUCCCCAUCAAUGUCAAGCAAGCAUACAAGACCUUUGCAGCAGUGCCCUUGUCACACCCUCUGCUCGAGACACAGGAACUGCCUGGUCAGACCAGCACAGAGAAUCCCAAAACUGCCCUGGAGGUGGCCACGCACAGCCCUAGUGGACUGCACAGCCCUGAGCAGAGAUCCUUCCGCGAGAGGCAGAAGUAUUUUGAAAUUGAAGUGAAGCAACAGCAGAUGGAUAAGCCUCCCAAGCGUGUCUCACUGGUAGGAGAAGAUGACCUGAAGAAAAUGAAAGAAGAGGAAGCUCGAAAACUGCAGCAGAAACGUACUCUUCUGUUGGAGGAAGAGGCAGAAGAGGAUGAGAUGGUAAAACAGGUGCCUGAGAUGAGUGUGCAGUCCAGUGUCAUCAUUGAAGGAGUUGAGUACAAGAUAGAGAGACUAAAUGGAAGGAGCAUCCAGGCCCCAGCAACUCGGCCCUCUGAGGUCAAUGAGAACAGCAGCUCACAGAGGAAUUCACUGGAAGAGGGAAUCAAGCCUGACCAGAGAACCAACUCUAUGUCUGGGUUGAGCCCAUUAUAUCCAGGAGCAGGGGAUCCAGUGGCACCUGUGCGGACAGCCAAAGCUGAACGACGGCACCAGGAGCGAUUGCGAAUGCAGAGUCCUGAGCUUCUAAGUGGUCAAGAGAAGGAGCUUUCUCCAGCAGAACGUCGUGCUCUGGAGGCAGAGAAACGAGCAAUGUGGAGGGCAGCACGGAUGAAAUCACUUGAACAGGAUGCUCUUAAAGCUCAAAUGGUUAUUGCCAAGUCCAAGGAGGGGAAGAAGCGCAGCACACUGGAGCAGCUGGCAGAGUCACCUUCACCUGUUCCUACCCCUUCACCAACACCACUGGAAGAUUGCAGUCCCAGAAACAUCACUUCACCGGGAAGGCUGUCACCCGAUGCAGCUGAUGAUCUCAGAUAUAUAGAUGACAGAAAUAACACAGUUCCCCAGGAGCAGGAUGGGCAGCCAGAGGAGGAGGAGAUGUUAGUAACACGUGAUUCAUCAACACCUACUUCAUCAGCACUUGAAGAAAUGGCCCUGUACAGCAGCAAACGCAAACUCCGACACAGCCGGCGCAGUUUGGAGGCUGCUGUCCCUACGUAG